GAUGACGCCGGUGGCCGGUGCUGUGGACACGCGCGCGCUGCGCCCGUGGCGAGCCGGCGAGUGCUGAGCUGUGUUGAAGGUGCAUGGUGCUGUGCACAGCGCAUAUCAACGUCAACAUAUCGUGGUGUGUGGACGGGCGGCUCGUAGUGGCACGGCAUCCCGAAGUUGGUAUUUUGUUGUACGGAAAACUUCACGAGAGCUGUUGGACCCGCGCCGGACGUGUUCCGUUCUGCAGCUCUGACCGCAUUGCAAGAAGCGAGUGAUCGCGGAGAAGGCUCUGCAUCCGCCGUGUGCGGCACUGCUCCACGCCGCGUGAAGACCUGAGGCUGUCGCAUCCCUGCCCAGCGCACCGGUCACCGCGAGGGCCGACCACGACGGUGGCGGUAGCGCUGGCUGGCGCUGCGCUGUGAACGCUGCGUAUCUCUGGCCGAACGCUCCGCUCAUGCCGUCUACUCAUCUAUCACGUCUGUGAGGCGGUCCAGUGCUGUGUCCCGAGCAGCAGCAGCAGCGGCGGCUGGUGAAGGGGCGGGACUCCGUCAACAGCCUGAUGAGCGAGGUCUCCCACACGGAGCCGGAGCCGGCCGUGGCCACGGGUGACUCGGCCUCGGAGCAGGCAGUACCCGUCCCGGUCGUUGACCAGGCCGGGAUGGACGCGUUGGAUCGGUCGGAGUCGACCGCGUCGGACCGGCUGGAAUCGGACGCGACGGACCGCUCCGAGUCGGACGCGGAGUGGAUCGACGCCCAGGAGGCUGACGCCGGCGAUGUCGCUGCGUCGAUCGUCGGCAACGACGCGGACCAUGACACCGGCGGGGGCAGCGCCGCCAGCGGCGAUGCGGGCGAGACGGGCGACGUUGAACCUUGGCAAAUGACACCAAAGCAUCGCGCACACGUGCCGCUGGAAGCCAGCGAGCCAGACUCAACGCAAGUUGGAGAAGGUGAUGGAGAAGGUGAUGUAGCCGACCACGUCGCGCCUGACACGACGGUCGAUUUCAGCGUGGAUGCUGGGGAUACGACAGAGCCUGGGGCUCAGCAUUGCGGUGCUACGACGUUGGGACGCUUGGAACAUGAGCAGUCCUCCAGCCAGACUGAGCUGCAACCCGACAGCGGCGAUGCCGAUCAGGCGGACAUGCUGAACUCGCCGCCGCUGGCGCCGGUCGGUCUGGACGGGACAGUUCCGCCAAUCCCCGCUGUGAGAACACGUUUCACCGUGCAAGAAGGGAACGUCGACGACAGCCCGGAGAGAACCAAAAUCGCACUGGACACGGGAUUAGUCAAGGAGAACGAAGGGAACGACGAUUCUGCUUUCGCUGAAGUGCCCGAUAACUUGCUAACCUCGCCUGAUCAUGACCGUCGCGUUCAGGAAGAGAACGAAAUCAACCAACUGAAGACAGACUCAGUUUCAGCCGGGAUGGGCCGUGUACAGGAGGACGACCAGACGCCCCAGAGCGGGCGCCGGCUCAUUAAGGCCGACCCUUCGCUCGCCGUGCCCUGCUCCACCACAUUCGACGACGACGACGACGACGACCCGGACUUUCCGGAGACGCCGGCCACGCCCCAAUGUGCCGAGCCGGCGGCGCGUGGCGGCCUGGGGCUGGGGUACCGGACCACGGGUGGACCCGUCAGUUCGCACUGGCACCAGAAUACUGAUUACGAUCAAGAAAUUGUGGCACUGGACCUGGCCACGCAGCGGGUCAGCUUCAAGUCGGACCGGCGCCACACGCUGGGCGGCAGCGACCGGCCGGCGGCGAUGUCCCGGCCCGGCUCGGCACUGUCGGACCGCAGCGGCGGCAGCGACGACGCGCCGCCACCGCACCAGCCCGGCAGCCACGUGGCCUCCGAGCUCCAGCGCCAGUUCCUCGCCUCGUCGCAGUGGACGGACAUGGAGUGUCUAUCGCUGACGUUGGAGGAAGUGGUGCAUAUCCGCUCCGUCCUGACUAAGGCGGAGCUGGACUCGCUGCCGGUCGAGUGUCACAUCAAGGAGGACGUGGCGCGCGGCAAGCUCUGCUUCCUCUGCAUGAAGACCCGCUUCUCCUUCUUCGGCGCCAAGGGCCACAACUGCCGCCUCUGCCAGCGCGUUGUCUGCGCCAAGUGCUGCGCCAAGAUGAGAAUACCGACCGAGCACUUCGCCAGUAUCCCGGUGUACACGCUGACGCCGUCGUCGCUCUCGCCGCAAGAGGAGGAGGCUCGCUCCCUGCUGUCGCGUCUGCAGGUGCCAGAGAUGCCCAGCUUCACCACUGGUGGCUCAGACCCCACCUCACCGAACCUGUCGCGUCAGAGUCCGGAGCAGACGCAGAGUCUGCCGCCGCAGCCGCUGCUGCAGCAGGUCGAGUCCAAGCUGCGCAGGGCGCGCCUGUACCGGUCGCGCACGCUGGCGCGCCCCGAGGACAUCGACAGCCCGAAGUCGGACGGCGACCGCGACGAGUUAGCCGGCGGCGUGCUCAUGACCGUCUGCAAGGACUGCAAGGCCAUGGUCCUGCACAUCAUCGUCACCUGGAAGAAGCGGCGCGACCGCAGCAAGCGGGCCUCGGCGCCGGCGCGGCCGCGGUCUCUCUUCAUCGCGGCCGUCCACUGAGGCGCAUCACCAACAUGGCGGCCGCCGGCGAAGGCCGCGCAGCCAGCAUGGCGGCCGCCAGUCAAGGUCGCGUAGCAGCAUGGCGGCCGCCGAUGAAGGCCGCACAGCCGACAUGGAGGGCGGUCAAGGUCGCGUAACACUAUGGCGGCCGCCGGCAAAGACCACGCAGCCAGCAUGGCGGCCGCUGGUCAAGGCCGCGUAGCAGCAUGGCGGCCGCCGGUGAAGGCCAUGCCUCCAAACGGCUGCUGCCGGUCAAGGCCGCGCCGGCGGGUAUGGGCGCACAGGGACGAAUCGCCUUCCGCGUCUCACGGGGCGAGCGUGGGCCAGCUUCUAGUCGCAGUCGGUGUGGGUGGCGCGGUGGAGAUAGUGGUACCGCGCGUUGGCGGCGUCGCCGCAGCCGCGCGGGACACAGGUGUGUGUUGUGGCGUACUGGGUGAGCGGGACAUGUUCACCGCUGCCGACGUGUACCUGGAUUUCGGUUGCCAAAUGACGGUCGCUGCUGUGGGGCGAUAGCAGAGUGAAUGGGCCGCGCUUGUCCUGAUCGGGACCGCUGUCUUGGCGUGUGUGCAAGGUGAGCUGUUAUUGUUUGGAUUGCGAGAGACGUUGGAGAGCAUUAACAGGUGUAGCUGUAACGUUGGGCACCUUUGCAUGGCCCCAGCUUCGAAAUACACGUAAUUCCCAUGCUUUGAGUAGGUGUUAAAACGUGGGCCAGCCAGCGUUGUGACGUUUCUGAUCGACUGUCGUGGGAAAUGUAGCGUAACACUGCAACAUGUGAUACCCUGCGCGAGACAUCAGUGGCCCAUUCAGCUUGGUGGGCACCCUGUCAGCGAGGUGCCGCGUAUCAUUACUAUUCCCUGUGUUUUUUAAACAUUCUGGUGGCUCUUUGCAUGGCUUAUUACAGAUUUGUUACCCCGAUGGCGUGUUCUAGAAAGACAGACCAAGUUGAAUGCGUGCUAAUAAGUCGUGUCGCAUCGUGCGAAAUACGCAAUCAUCUAAUAAUGGUGUGAUCGUUGAAAAUUAUCACUUCGCCAACUACCUUAUAUCCAACCGCACAAUACAGCGCAUCCUCAACAAGAAACUAUCUCCCUUCAAAAGCAAGGUCCUGUCCCAUUGAUAAUAUGCGUCUACACAGGACCCAUUUUUAAAGUCUUAAGAAAUCAAUCGGUUGCGCACCAAACAGCGACAAAAAGCCAUGUGAAAUGCUGCCUUUCGGCACACGUGCUUCUGUUGAUUCCAUCCAAUGCAUUGAGUAAUGUUUUGUUCGCGCAUAAUCCGCCAUUUUGUAUCGGGGUAAGCGUCGCACAAAUCCGGUUUUAGUACAAAUUGAAUGAUUUGUCGCGGUUGAAUGUCAUUUUACAUCGUUAUUUCCCGUUCGAUUCAUGGGCAGCUUCGUGAUAUUUUAGCGUAAGUGACAACCACGACACAAAAUUAUGGGUUGCGUCCUUAUCGGCUUGCUUUCUGCAUAAAGGUCGAUGCGCGACAGGCUAAACCGCAUUUCCGAAACAUCCGGCUCCCGAUGUCACGUACUAUUGCUCGUGGUUUCGUCCCUGCCCAAUAUCAUAUCUUUCAGCAAUGAUAUGUGAAACUGUAUUCCACGAUACUUUGCGUCAAUACCUUCUUGGAUAUCUGUAUCUCAACUCUGUCCGUAGAUCUCUUCACAGGAACUGUGUAUUUUAAGCCAUCGCCGACAUACCGCACCACCGUUUUGGUCUUGUCCUUGUUUAGGGUGACCUUCUUCGCCGACUAUCCUCUGCUUUCUUGGAACCUACAUCUACACCUAAUGCAGUUUGCUGGUCGCUAUGCUGCCUCUGUACUUGUAAAUAAUAUCUAAAUAUUGGAUAUAACAAUAAAAUAUUUGUUGUUA